AGUAAACAAAAGUCAAAACAAAGAAAAAGGAUUGCAGAAACACAAAUGGCCACACUUAUCUGAAAUGUUACAUUUGCCUCUUUUUAUCAUGUCCUCCACUCAACUUAAUUCUUAACUUAAUUCUCCCUAUAUAUUUGGUACCCUCCAGAAGAAAAUUAGCUUUAUAACGAAGUUCCUUGAAAACAAAACUACAAGACAUUAUUUCAAACUAGUACAAAAGUAACAAGUAGUUUCUUGAACAUGUCCCAGCCACUAAGAAGUUUGCUCAAAGUCAUUGUUCUUGGUGAUUGUGGGGUGGGAAAGACAUCUUUGGUGAAUCAAUACGUUUUCAAGAAAUUUAGGGAACAAUAUAAGGCAACAAUUGGAGCUGAUUUUGCUACUAAAGAACUAGAGAUUGGUGAAAGAGUAGUCACAUUGCAAAUAUGGGACACAGCAGGGCAAGAAAGGUUUCAUAGCCUUGGUGUUGCAUUUUACAGAGGAGCAGAUUGUUGCAUUCUUGUAUAUGAUGUUAAUGUGCCUAAGUCAUUUGAAACUCUUCAACAUUGGCAUGAAGACUUCAUCAAGCAGGCAGACUUAACAGAGCCUGAAAAAUUCCCAUUUGUCCUGAUUGGUAACAAAGUGGACUUGGAUGGCAGCACUGACACAGUUUCAGAGAAGAAAGCAAAGGAAUGGUGUGGUCGUAGGGGAAAUAUACAAAACUUUAUGACCUCAGCAAAGCAGGAUUACAAUGUGGAUGCUGCAUUUUUGUGUGCUGCACAACUUGCCCUUGCCAAUGAAGAUGAUCACAAUAUUUGGCAGGCAACAGUAGUAGAUGAAGAAAUGCCUUCUCAUUGUCAGCUCCAAAGAAUACCAGAGUCAGUAUCAGGAAUUGAACAGCAAAGAAGAGGAUGUGCAUGUUAGUUAAUUUGUUGGGAAAAGAGUCAAAAAUAUCCCUCAACUUUAGUUUAAUAGUUACAUUUACCCCUUAGUUAUACUAUGGGAUUAGAAAUACUCCAUCUUCCGUUAAGAAACUUAACAAAUAUACCCUUCUAUUUAACGGUUUUCACCAUGGACUUUUUAAUAUCUGAUGUGACUUAUACUUGAGUGAGGUGGCUGCCACGUGGCAUUCCACCUCACCACCUUUUAAAAAAAAAACCAGUACUCCAUUUUAACUAUCCUAAACUUGGAACUUUGCUGCUAACUUGCUAUGGCGAUGGAGGAAUCCAACACCAGUUAUAUGGAAGUUGAAGGUGAAAACUCAGACUCCGACAAGGACCAAAACUGGGAAAAUUGGGAAAACGGAGACGAAGAAGAUGAUGCUAUGAACUCAAAGUUGCUUUGCUUGUUCUGUGACUCCACCUAUGGUUCCAGUAAUGCCCUCUUUGAGCACUGCGCAUCUGCACAUCGGUUCCAUUUCAACACGCUCAGGACUACUCUCGUUUUGGAUUUCUAUGGCUGUUUUAAGCUCAUUAAUUACGUUAGGUCUAAGGUAUUCCAUUUUUUUUAAAAGGUGGUGAAGUGGAAUGUCACGUGACAGCCACCUCCCUCGAGUAUAAGCCACAUCAGAUAUUAAAAAGUCCAUGGUAGAAAAUCGUUAAAUAGAAUGGAAGGAAUAUUUCUAACCCCAUAGUAUAACUAGGAAUAAAUGUAACUAUUAAACUAAAGUAGAGGAGGUAUUUUUGACCCUUUUCCCUAAUUUAUUUCUUCUUCUAUUCUUUAUUGUUUCUACGUAAUUUUCUGAGACUCUUCUAUUGUAUACGUGCAUAGGAAUUCACUUUCUUUGAUAGAUUGGAAAAUAAAAAAAAUUACAAUUAUCUAGCUAAAUUUGGCAUAUUCCUAGUGAAUAAUGGCAAAUGCGUUUGAAUUUAUGCAUUUCCUCAUUGUGUUCUCAAGUAAUUUGAUUUUCCCCUCGUUCUUGUACCUAAUAAAUUUUUCUUUUUCUGUUUUUU